AUGGAUGCAGCUGUCAUUGGAUGUCGACAUGUUUUCGUCCAUCAUUCCAUCAAGCUAUAUUUUUGCAUGCUCUUUGGCGCCAUCAGAAUCCAUUUGGUCUCCUUGCAGUUGUCAGUGGCGGAUCCUAUUGCAUUGAAAGUCGAAGAUCAACAUUUGAAUUUGGGUGGGUUUCUCAGAAGCAAGCAAGCAAUCUCUAUCUUAUACAUAGUUGUGGUUGUCAAGGAUACCGUUUUCAUGGUUUUGGGAAUCAGCUACCUGAAAGUCGUCUCUGCAUCGGUGGAUCUUCAUAGCAAUGGUUUUAUCGGUGCCAUGGCGGAUCUCAUUCCUCAAGUACUUGUACCAGUGGUCAAUGGCGAUACUUUCCAGUUGCAGACAUUCAACAACAAGGACGUGCGCAAUCAACCCAUGACUCAACCUUCCAUGGCAACAGGACAAGUACGUUCAAUCGCUGCAUUGCUUUAUUAUCCAAGUUGGACAUUGGGGAAAGGCAAGGCUGUUCUUGUUAUCUCACAUUGCGUUUAUGGCAGCUCGAACAUGUUGGAUGAUGAUGAUACCUGUGGUAGUAACAAGUUCAUUGGAUUCAAAAAUAACGCUGGAGGCUGGUCGUUGUUGUUCAUUGGUACGCAUAGUGACAUUGGAUCUACAAAGCAAGACCUGAUAAUUAACGAGCCUUACAAUGAAACAGCAGCAGCACAAUAUGGAUGGGAUGAACGAGAAGGCGGUUGUUUGAGGAAAGGAUGCUAUUGA